AAAAAAAAAACCAUUUAGAAUAUUUCCAAUUUUUUAAGGAGUGUUAUAUCAACGCCACAAUUUUCCAUCUAUGUUUAGAAUCUGAGAUGGCUACAAACUUCAAGUCACACUUACCAAUUAUCGACAUCAAACCUUUGCUUGUCAAAUGCAAUGGUUCCGACAUGAUGGACGAUACUGGCGUGGCGGAGGCUGUCCGAAAACUAGACCAGGCUUGUCGGGACGUCGGGUUCUUCUACGUGCAGAUUGGUCAUGGAAUCUCGGAGAGUCUUAUGAGGAAGGUGAAAGAGAUGACACAUCGAUUCUUCAAGCUUCCAUAUGAGGAGAAACUUAAGAUCAAAAUUACUCCAGCAGUUGGAUAUAGAGGAUAUCAGAGAAUUGGAGUGAACUAUACGAGCGGGAAACAAGAUUUCCACGAAGCAAUUGAUUGUUAUAGAGAGUUCAAGCAAGGAAAGUAUGGGGAAACUGGAAAGGUCUUGGAAGGGUUAAACCAGUGGCCAGAAUAUCCUCAAGAGUACAAAGGGUUGAUGGAUGAGUAUAUUAAGUUAUGCACAGAUCUCUCUAGAAACAUCCUAAGAGGAAUCUCCUUAGCUCUUGGUGGAUCACCUUAUGAAUUUGAAGGAGAAAUGGUUGGGGAUCCUUUUUGGGUAAUGCGUAUUAUUGGUUAUCCAGGUGUAAACCAAGAAAAUGUUAUCGGAUGUGGAGCUCACACUGACUAUGGCUUGUUGACGCUUAUAAAUCAAGACGAUGAUAAAACUGCUCUUCAGGUGGAAAACUUGGCUGGUGAUUGGGUAUCAGCUAUUCCAAUCCCUGGAUCAUUUAUUUGUAACAUCGGUGACAUGUUAAAGAUACUUUCAAAUGGAGUGUACGAAUCCACACUUCAUAGAGUGAUCAACAACUCUCAUCGAUACCGUGUAUGCAUCGCUUUCUUCUAUGAGACUAACUUUGACGCGGUGGUUGAACCACUGGAUAUCUUCAAAGAGAAGUAUCCAGGAGAUAAAAGAUCUCAAGUUUCUAGAAGAGUUGUAUAUGGAGAGCAUCUUGUUAACAAAGUCCAGACCACCUUCGAAAAUUUAGUGGAACACAGUUAAUUUGAUUGGUUUUGCUUUCGGGCUGGAUUUUGGAUUCUAAUAAAUAAUGUUACUAUAUAAUUUGUUACAAACAUAUCUGUGUAUUAUGUUUACUAAAUAUCUCCCAUGAUCAUACACAUAUAAUUAUUUAUAAAUAUAUAAAUUAUCUUACACAA